AUGGCCGGAGGCAUCGCUUCUUCUAUCAUCAUGUGGACGGUGGACAAGCUACGUGCCCUGGCAACAACAGCAGCUUCGUCAUCGGCGGAGCCUCGGAAGGAAGUCGAAGAAGAGCUAAGGAAGCUGCAGAGGACGAUGUUGAGGAUCCAAGCCGAGCUUGAUGACUCGGAGGAGCAGGAUAUAAGAGAUGAGCCUGUAAGGCUAUGGUUGAGUGAGCUCAAGGAUGUCGCUUGUGACGCUCAAGACGCGGUGGAGGAGUACGAAUACCAAGUGCUGCGCGCCGAAGCAGAAAGCAGAUCGAGAGGUGGCGGCCGCCACAAAGGCAAGCAUGUGGAGGUAUGCGACUACUCUAUCUCCGCUCCUUCAAGGAUUUCAUUUCCAGACGAUUUAGCAAGUAAAGUCAAGGAGAUAAGGGGCAGUCUUUGGGAGUUGGUGAAAGUCCCCUUACUCAAGGCUGGAGUGGGUAAAGUCAUAGUGACUACUCGAAAUGAAUGUGUUGCCAGAAACAUGCAGACGAUGGAGCCUUUGAGCUUGAACACCUUACCAUUCGACAAAUGCUGGAUGUUGUUCGAGAAGCUUGCCUUGGAAGGCUUAGAAUCCAGCAGCAGGCAUAACAAUUUGGUGGACAUCGGUCGGAAGAUCGUCGAGAAGUGCAAAGGCUUGCCGUUGGCGGUGAAGGUAAUUGCACGAGCCCUCAGUUACGAAGAUGAUGAAGACAAAUGGACGGACAUCUUGGAAAGCGAGCGGUGGGAAUUAGUCGAUGCAAACUUGGAGAUCUUACCGGCUCUUAAAAUAAGCUAUGAUUAUUUGCCAAUAGAUCUAAAAAGGUGCUUCCGGUACCUGUCCUUAUUUCCCAAAGACACAGUUUUAUUCGAGAGAUACAUUGUCCAUUUAUGGAUGUCACAAGGUCUUCUUCGGCCUCCAAGAAGCAAGCAAGCAGAGGAUGUAGGCAGUGAUUACGUCAGAAACUUGGUGGAUAGGUCAAUUUUGCAGACGAAGGUGAUACCUGGACCGAUUUACCUUGACCCCGAGGAAGAGAAAGGGUUAGUGCUGCAUGAUCUUGUUCACGACCUAGCACAGUCUGUCGCGCAGGGGGAAUGCCUAAGCAUAGCAGCUAACAAACUCGCAAGCAUAUUUCAGCGGGACGGCGACAAAUUUCACAAGGUUCGCCACUUGUAUCUGGUUUUUGACGACCGGAUGGCACCCAGAGACGUCAAGGCUUUGCUGAAGCUAAAACGUCUCCGGACUCUGAUAACUAACGGAUCGCGUUUCAAUGAAAAGUAUUGUUGUGAAUUCAUCGAUGAAUUGUUCCACAACUUGAAAUACCUACGAGCUUUGAACUUUAGCCGCACCGACAUCGCAGGGCUGCCUGAUUCAAUCGGCGACCUCAAACUACUACGCUACCUCUCCAUCGAAGGUAUUGAGAUCCACAGUCUUCCAGAAUCCAUAUGCAGCCUCUACAAUUUGCAGAUUCUAAGUUUGACUGGUACGUUGGGUCUUCGGGAGCUACCAAGCGGCAUAGUAAACUUGCCAAAUAUAAGGCAUCUCAUGCUGAGUCAUACUCGUAUCGCUGUCCCUCGUGGCCUUGGAAAGUUGACUUACUUGCAAACACUCGACUGCUUUGCAUUGGGCCCGACGAGUUGGCGUAUCGAGAUAGAGGAAUUGAAGGGUUUAGUGAAUCUGAGAGGAAAACUCAUCAUUGAAAAUCUUAGGUAUGUGGAUAAGUCUGUUCCUCAAACAGAAACACCUCUGCUGAACAAAAGAUCGUAUCGAGUUUUUGACACUGGACUGGUACGAAGGCGGCACCUGUAAAGACGAAGACAUGGACGAAGACACGUCAAAGUAGGUUCUCGAAUGCUUCCGCCCACAUCCUAACCUACAACGGUUUCUAAUACACGCUUACGGUGGUGCCAGAUUUGCAACAUGGUUGGGGGAUUCAUCCUUCUCCAAACUAGUGAAUAUAGAGAUAGUCGUAUGCUUGAAAUGCAAUCUGCUUCCACCCUUGGGUCAGCUGCCUUCUCUUAGAGUUCUUGCUAUAAAAUAUUUCUCUGAUCUCCAACGUAUUGGGCGUGAGUUUUGUGGCAUCGGUGGUGCGAUAAAGGGGUUCCCGUCUUUGGAGACCUUGACGUUCUUAGAUAUGGAAAAUUGGCAACAGUGGGAUGGAGUGGAGGCCGGCGACUUUCCUCGUCUUCUCCGACUUAGAAUCGAUGGUUGUCCUAAGUUGAGGAUUUUUCCUCAUCACCCAUUUUUCUUGCUGAGGAAAUUAGAAUUAACUCAUUUUGGUGACAUCUCCGACGAUGCUCCCUUUAUUUCACUUGACGACGACACGACAAUGCUCCCUUUAUCAUUUCGAGGCUUUCACAGCUUUAGUAUUGAUAUGAAUCUACCUUCGCUCCAGGAGUUGGAGAUAUCACGGUGCUCGAAGUUAACGUCUGUGACGGGACUUACCAACCUCACCUCCCUGCAUUCUUUGACCAUAGAUGAUUGUCCAUAUCUACGGCUCCCUCCGACAGAGAGAUUGUCAUCCACUCUCCAACAUCUGAAAAUUCGGAACAGUCCUUGGGUUAAGCAGUGGGAGGAGGCAAAUCAAGACACCUCAAUUUUUCCAAACACCAGAUGAUCCAACGACGGAAUUGGCGCUCUUUCCGCGCCCAUCACAGUCUUCAAGCUCCAACAGAACUACAAUUGUUUGUCGGUGGCAAACGAGUUUAUCUGCUUCAACCCAUCCCCAGCAACACUAUUCAACUCGGUAUCACUCAGCCUUCGAUGUUGCAUAUCAAGUGUCUAAUUCUGAAGAAAUCAUGACGAAGCGAGAAAGCGGAUGCUUGCUUCAAGGGGGAGGGGAUGAUAGGGGAGGUGUUGGCUUUAUUCUCUAUGUAAUUAGGGUGAUAAUUUUAUUUUUGCUCAAUGUAAAUUUUUUGAACAAGGAUGUGCUAUAUAUACUACAAGGCAAGGCUAUGACAAUCCUAGUGGGUCUUUAAACUGUUUUGUCUCAAGUAUUUCGAUGAAUGCAUGUGGAAUCAUUAUUGAUCCUAUGUUAA